CACAUACAAUCUCAAUACAACCCAUGAGGCACUAAUUCCGCCGCGUUAUGAUGGCGGCAGAACGGAACUGAAUUUGUAAUCAUCACACUUAGGGUUUAAAUAAUUAUCUCGGUGAUAAGAUUUGGAUAAAAAGACUUUUCUCAUAUCACGAUCACUCCACUCCAUCUUCUACUACUCCUAUCUUUUGCCCAUCUUCGAUUUUCUACUUUUGAAUGAUUUUAUCAAAUCAUAAUCAUUGUACCUCAUCAUCCAAAGCUAUCAUGACACCUAGCGAAGCUACCUCAAGUCCCCCACCACUCUCCAAACGAUCACGGUGUUAUAGUGACGAGGAGGAUGAGGACGAGCUUGAAGAGCACAAUCACGCCGACAGCAGGCGUACGAGUCGAUUUACCUUGCCAUCUGACGUCGACGGAAGUAGUUGUCGAACGUUGUUUGUACCACACUGGUCCGUUGAAGAUGGAGGCUGGGGUAGAUCAAAAGUGGCGGAAGAUGACAUAGCACUAUUAGAAGCGAUUGAAGAACAUGCAGCGACCUAUUCGGCACCGGCUCCGGCUCCUUACGUGUUUCCAGGUCUCACAUCUCCGCAUUCCAGCAAGUUCAGCAGCUUACCGCAACCAAGUCCAUCGUCCCUAGCUCUGGCAGAUCUCAAUAUGACAAUGCAAAGUAACAACAAUGCUUUGCCAUCAAAUCUGCACGGUAAAGCAUUCAAGUGUCCCAUUUGUCCCAAAAGCUUUACUCGAAACUAUGACUUAACUCGUCAUAGAUCUUCUCACCAAGACGAAAGACAGCAUGUUUGUCAAUGUUGUGGUAGAUCAUUCAAUCGACGAGAUGCGUUAUCACGUCAUAAUAUGUUACGAGGAUGUGCUAGGAAUGGUCGAAUAGGAGCAAGACAGCCUCGAAAGGCCGAGAAUUGAAAAACUCGACCAUUCACAUCGGCUUUCAUCCUUCAACACUCUGAAACAUUGCUUGUACAAGAUGGAAAAACGACAUUUUGAACAUGCAUCAUGAUAGAAGAAGUUUUUGAAGAAAUUUCUUGAUCAUUUCAUUGGACUUUUUCUUUAACUUUAUCUUGUUCAAAUUCUCAUUAUCGUUUCAACCAAGCUGGUCUACUUUAAUUUGAUUCUUAGUUUGCAUCAUCGUUUAUUUAUUUAAUUUUUUUCCCCUUUCAUAUUCCAAUAAUGUAUUUUUUCCAACCAAUUAAUUUCGGUUUCGUUUACAAUUUUUUAACUAUAGCUUAUUGUUUUUUUCUACUUACAUCUUAUUCAUUAUAACAAUCAAUAAUUGGAAAUGAUUUCUAUAUAACAACUUCGCUUUCUACUGCUUUAUAUAUUCAUUGAAAUCUUUUCUAGGGUUUUUAAUUUCAGAUUAGAAAACAUUUGUUUUCCUUCUAUGCAUGUGUCGUUUUUCCAAUCAUGAAGAUUCAGAUAUGACUUCAGAAAUUGAAAGAUUUGAAACGAGUCAGUUGCUUUCAACAUUCUUGUUUU